GUAACAAGCUAUUGUAGUAGUAAGGGACCUUGCUACUAGUAGCUUCUUGUUACUAGUAGUAAUGCCCUUGUUACUAGCAGCGUCUUGGUUUCUUUUUCAGCCCGCACGUGUUCAACUAUGCGGUACUGUAGUUGGUAGCUUCUGUCUCGUGUGCAGCCCGCACGUCACACGUAUAGACACCUCAGUGGAUCAAAUCGGUGCUUGAUGUUUUGGGGGACAGAUCAGCUAGGAGCCACAUGGGCCUACGGAGUCUUGCAUGCAUUUGCUCAAUGUCGCUUUUGGGAUCAAAAGGGCUGGAACUCGCAGUUUGACAUGGUUCAUUGAAACAUGACAUGGGCAGCAUUCGCCCAUCGAGAUGAAGAAAGCUCUGAAUUGUGGAACAGGUAUGGGGCUCCAAGCUACACGCUCCAGGUCGCAAGAAGUCCAAUUUCAGUCAGUGAAGACGGUCGAGACGACCAUGGAAGGUUGCCACGUGUGGCGUCACAGCCAUGAUCAGGAGAGACUGGAGGCAGAGUCAGGAUGAGGACAGUGGCAAGAAUGAGGGGGCGGUGACGGCUUGGUCGGCUUGGUGUUGAUGACGGAAUCUUCGGGUGAAGCCAGUUGGUCGAUGCCCAGUGAAAGACACCAUCUUUGAGAGCAACCUGAAGCGUAUCGGGCAGAUGGUCGCAUUCCUGGACACAUGGAAGGAACCUGUCUACCGCAGCGGAGUUUGGACGAUCUUUGAGCAAUUCGCGGCAUCCAGGCUCAACAUUCCGGUAUGUUUUGUGAUGCCCGAGUCUUCUGCCGCCUCAGUUCAAGAGCAGAUUGAUCGCGGUAAAGACGGCAUCCGUGAAAUGACUGAGUCCAUCAGUGGUUGCAUCAAUUUGGCCAGGGCGAUGGCCUGGGACCCGAGGGAUGAGAUGAAGGUGAAGACGUUGAUCCAGAGGACAGUGGGUUUUGAGCACGUGGACAGGCAUGUCACCGAGGUCAUGACAUGCUGGAUCGGAGGUGUUGUGGCGACGCAAUUCAAAGAGCUCAUUCACGAAAGCCGGAGGUCAAUCUGCUGGCGCCGUCUGCCGUGGCGCGUGCGGUGUGGACACAUGCAGUGCUUCACCGGGCAGCGGGACUUCGGAGAAACAGAACAAACUGCGGAGUAUGAGGAUUGCUUUGUGGAACACCUUGCGGCGAUGAUCGUUUUGUGGCUCAGAUUCAGCGACGGGUUUCUGGAGUGCCCACAUAACUGGAUUUAAAGUUGAUAUACUAUAAAAAGUCAGUAAUGUGUAUAGAAUGUUUCAGAUUUCGUUUUCAAUGGCAAAUUGUUGGACCUGUGGACAACAUUAUAGACUCAGACUUCGAACCUGGGCAUUCGCCCUGAUGGCUUGAGGGGUCGUCAGCCGUGGGGUCGUCAGAUGUUAGGUGGACGUCCAACUCAGCUUCGCAUGAUUUGAUGUAUCAAUGGACCUGGGAUCUGGCUGGCAAGCCCUGGCUGACAGUGGCCAGUGUCAGAGUUGGGCGAGGCAGAAGCAUAAUAUAGAGCGUCAUCAACUUGACUUGAAGCAAAUUAAUCGACAAGCCGAUGUGGAUGUUGGUCUUGGUGUUUUUUUGGCCACAUGAACGUGGUGAACGUGUUCUUUUGCGCGCUUUCUGCGAAAACCGUUUGCCCCACUUUGCCAUGGGGGACAAAAACAACACGGUGCAUUUGUGCCUCUCGGCCUUUGCGGCUUGGGCAAAAACCCGGUGUUCAACUACGAUUCCGUCGAUGAGACUCUCAGCUGUUUGGCAGUUCCACGUGGACCGUUCGUUGUUUUUUGGGGCUGCUGUUGGCAGCCCGCACGUGCCACAUGGCAGUGGAUCAACUAGCAUUGCGUGCAUGUGCAGGAAUCCUUGGGAACAGCGGGGCGUAGCAGGGCAGAUCAACUAGAGCCGCAUGGGCCUAAUUACAGAGUAUUGCUUGCAUGUGCAACAGCUGUUGCUCAAGGAUUUGGAUGGCACUGGCAAAGUUUUUUGGCUCAAGGGGACUGUGGCGCAC